AUGCAACCAGCCACUCUGCGCAGACACACCCAGCGCGGCACGUACGAGGUCGCCGCGCUGGCCGGGGUCUUCCGCGAAUGUUUCCUCGCGCACGUCUCGUACGUGGACGACGGGCUGCCGCAGUGUCUGCCUAUGAUUGCGCUGUUCGAGGAGCUGCCGGACGGCGAAGCAGCGGUUUACCUGCACGGCCAUCCGACGUCGCGUCUGAUAGAGCUUGUCCGACACAGUGUAGCAGAGGGAGACGAGAAGGAACCGCGCCAGCCGGUGCGGGUCUGUAUCGCAGCCACGAAGGUCGACGGAUUGGUCGCCUCGUCCGCUCCAAACGGCCACACAUUCAACUACCGCUCCGCCGUGGUGCACGGCUCUUGCUCGCUCGUGACGGACCGCGAGCAGAAACGCGAGAUCAUGCGGAAUGUCACGAACCAUAUCAUCGCCGGGAGAUGGGAGCAGGUCAACCCCGUCGCGUCGUUGCAGGUGUCGCUGGUGACCGUCGUGCGGGUAAGCGUGGAACGGGGUUCGUUGAAGACUCGCCGCGGCGUGCCAGGGAUCCAGCCGCGGAAUGUCGAGAAAGACGGGCCCGAUCGUGAAGAACCGGCCUGGACGGGCGUGAUUCCCUUGUAUGAGCGGUUGGAAGCCCCCGUUGCGAGUGGCUUGACGGACAACGCGGUCGUCCCGGGCGAGAUGCUGCGCUUCAUCGACGAGAGGAACGAGCGGCAGAGGGGGUAUGCACUUGAGGCGGCGAAACAAUAG